AUGUUGUUGACUGUUUUAUUGUUUAAUUUUUUAACUUUUUUUUUAACUUUUGGUAAUGCUUUAGUCGUUCCAUUUGCAUUAGAACCACCAUUGACUAAGAAACCUAUCGCCGGUGGUACAUCAUUAGCUACUUGUGAUGUUAAUAUUAAACAGUUAUUGAGUAUUGAAAAAGUUAGCUUGAAUCCUAAUCCUCCUAAGCGUGGUGGGAAACUAAGUAUCACUGCUUCUGGUACUGUUGAUACUGAAAUUAAAAAAGGUGCCUACAUAGAUGUUGAAGUGCGUUUGGGUUAUAUCAAGCUUUUGACUCAAACUUUUGAUUUAUGUGAAGUACUGUCAGAAAAUGACGUCAACGGUUUGAAAUGUCCAAUUACUGCUGGUCAGUAUAAUUUGAAUAAGGAUGUGGAUAUCCCAGAAGAAGUUCCUCCUGGUAAAUAUACUAUUUUAGCAAGAGCAUACACUGUAGAAGAUGAGUUCAUCACUUGUAUUACAGGUGAUUUCUUAUUCCCAGCUGCUUUUUAA